CCUUAACUCCUUAUUCAACUCCCUAACUCUGUCUCUCUCUCUCUCUCUCUCUCUCUCUCUCUCUCUCUCUCUCUCUCUCUCUCUCAGAUCAGACAGGAACACAAACAAGCACAUUUUCAUCCCAAAACCAAAAUGGCAAAGUACCAUAUGAGAAGCUGCCCUCUCGUUCUUUCACUUCUCUCUAUCUUAUUCUAUUCCUCCAUCGUCUUGGCCGCUCCCGUGACUACUUACAAUGUGGUCAGUUUGGGAGCCAAAGCAGAUGGCGGGACGGACUCAACCCAGGCCUUCAUUUCUGCAUGGACAAAAACUUGUGCCUCGGCAAAUCCGGCCAUCAUUUACGUGCCGGCCGGGAGAUUUGAUCUUGGCAAGGUGGUUUUCAACGGGCCAUGCAUGAACAGUGCCAUCGGGAUACACAUCGAUGGCACGCUCGUGGCGCCAUCGGACUACAGCGUUCUGGGAAAUGACGGAAACUGGCUGUUGUUCGAGCACGUUGACGGGGUUACGAUAUCUGGAGGGAUUCUUGAUGGGCAAGGCGCCGGCUUGUGGGACUGCAAGUCCUCAGGCAAGAGUUGCCCCAGCGGAGCAACGACACUGGAAUUUACGAACUCAAAAAACAUCGUGGUCAGUAGUUUGACCUCUCUAAACAGCCAGAUGUUCCACAUCGUCGUCAAUGGGUGCCAGAAAGUGAAAAUGCAAGGUGUCACAGUCGCCGCCUCCGGUGACAGCCCAAACACUGACGGCAUUCACGUUCAGUUAUCAUCAGACGUCACCAUCCUCAGCUCCAAAAUCCGGACCGGUGAUGAUUGCAUCUCAAUUGGCCCCGGUGCCACCAACUUGUGGAUUGAGAAUGUUGCAUGUGGACCUGGCCAUGGAAUCAGCAUUGGGAGUCUGGGCAAGGACCUGCAAGAGGUUGGUGUGGAGAACGUGACAGUUAAAACAGUUACUUUUACCGGCACUCAGAAUGGGGUGAGGAUUAAGACUUGGGGAAGGCCCAGCAAUGGGUUUGCCAGGAACAUCCUCUUCCAACAUGCCAUUAUGGUGGAUGUCCAGAAUCCCAUUCUAAUCGAUCAAAAUUACUGCCCAGGCAACGAAGGUUGCCCUGGCCAGGUUUCUGGUGUAAAAAUUAGUGACGUGACAUACCAGGACAUCCAUGGAACAUCGGCCACAGAAGUUGCUGUGAAAUUUGAUUGUAGUUCAGAGAAUCCAUGCUCCGGAAUAAGAUUGGAGGAUGUGAAGCUAACUUACAAGAAUCAAGCUGCUCAGGCUUCAUGCACCUAUGCUGCAGGAACAUCUUCUGGUGCAGUCCAGCCCUCAGGUUGCUUGUAGCCGGGGAAGACACAAACCCAGUUAGAAUAAAUAUAGCAUAGAAAAGAUCGAUUGAUGUUUUGUCCUUGAAUUUUACAGCGUGGUGUACGGUCAGGUCAUUGAAUAAUGUAAGUUUGUCGUUGCUUGAGCCUGCGGCGUUGCUAGCCCAUUGGGCUUCCUUGUAGCCUGGCCUUGCAGUACUUAUCAGCAAUUAAUAUAAUUCUAAAAAAAAUAUAAU